AAUUCAGCAGUCUGUUCAGUUUUCUAACAGGCUGUUAUCAAAAGUGCCUUCUCUCAGCAUUAAAACCAAAACUUCUUGUUGAAAUAUUUUUAAGACUUUAUAUUCAACGAGACUGCAUGUGAAGACAGAAUGGUGUACACAACAGAAAUGAUUGAAGAGCGUGGUAGAAAAGAAAAUACCAUGGCAGAAAGGAGACAGUUGUUUGCAGAAAUGCGAGCCCAAGACUUGGAUCGUAUUCGUUUAUCCACUUAUAGGACAGCGUGCAAGCUCCGUUUUGUACAAAAAAAGUGUAAUUUGCACUUGGUAGAUGUUUGGAAUAUUAUAGAGGCAUUCAGAGAAAAUGGACUAAAUACAAUGGAUCCAAAUGCUGAUCUCAGUGUUGCUCGCUUGGAAGCUAUCAUCUCCACAAUACUUUACCAGCUGAACAAACGCUUGCCAACUACCCAUCAAAUAAAUGUUGAACAGUCUAUUAGUUUAUUGCUGAACUUUCUGCUUGCUGCCUAUGAUGGAGAAGGCCAAGGAAAAAUAUCUGUUUUUACUGUGAAAGUGGCAUUAGCGACAAUAUGUGGAGGAAAGAUACUGGAUAAACUGAGAUAUAUUUUCUCUCAAAUAUCAGACUCCAACGGAAUAAUGAUAUAUGUGAAGUUUGACCAGUUUCUACGGGAAGUGCUGAAAUUGCCAACAGCAGUAUUUGAAGGUCCUUCCUUUGGCUACACAGAACAAGCAUCAAGGUCAUGUUUUUCCCAACAGAAAAAAGUGACACUCAAUACGUUUCUGGACACCUUGAUGUCUGAUCCCCCACCACAGUGUCUUGUCUGGUUGCCACUCAUGCAUCGUCUUGCAAACGUUGAAAAUGUCUUCCACCCUGUUGAAUGUUCCUACUGCCACAGUGAGAGCAUGAUGGGUUUUCGAUAUCGUUGCCAGCAGUGUCACAAUUAUCAGCUAUGUCAAGACUGCUUUUGGAGAGGCCAUGCAAGUGGUUCUCAUAGCAACCAACACCAAAUGAAAGAAUACACAUCGUGGAAAUCCCCUGCAAAGAAGCUAACCAACGCACUUAGCAAGUCUUUAAGUUGUGCUUCCAAUCGUGAACCUUUGCACCCAGUGUAUCCUGAACAGCCUGAAAAACCGCUAAAUCUGGCACAUAUUGUGCCUUCAAGACCUCCUCCUAACAUGAAUGAUACAAUGUUCUCCCAUUCAGUAAUUACCUCAGGAAGCCCCAGCCCUAAUAAGAGCUUUCCUGAUGAGAUCAAUGAAGUAGAGCAGAACAAACAACUGGCUAGGGCUGCUCCAGCUUUGCUAAAGGGCAAAGGGUUGCAAUACAGCCUUGAUAUUGCUGAUAGACUGGGUGAUGAACAUGUUCUGAUUGGUCUAUAUAUCAACCUCCUCCUGAAUAAUUCCUCACGUGUCCUUGAUAGUCCAAGCCGUCUAGAUGAAGAGCAUCGAUUGAUAGCUCGGUAUGCAGCACGACUCGCUGCUGAGGCAGCAUCUUCACAACAGCGUGUUCCCUCUGAUCUCUCCUCUACCAUAGAUGCGAAUAAACAGCAGCGACAGUUGAUUGCUGAACUUGAAAACAAGAAUAGAGAAAUCCUGCAAGAGAUACAGAGAUUGAGGCUAGAACAUGAGCAGGCAUCUCAACCCACUCCUGAGAAGGCACAACAGAAUCCUACCCUGCUGGCAGAACUUCGACUGCUCAGGCAACGAAAAGAUGAGUUAGAACAAAGGAUGUCAGCAUUGCAAGAAAGCCGCCGAGAAUUGAUGGUUCAACUAGAAGGCCUGAUGAAGUUACUGAAAGAAGAAGAAAUGAGGCAGGAAACUCAGGGGGCAGGAUCCCCUCGCUCUUCACCAAGUCACACAAUUAGCCGGUCUGUUCCUAUACCAAUGCCUAUCAGAUCAACCUCUGCCUGCUCAACUCCAACCCAUACACCUCAGGAUUCACUGACAGGGGUUGGAGGAGAUGUACAGGAAGCAUUUGCACAAAGCUCCAGGAGAAAUUUGAGAAAUGACCUGCUGGUGGCAGCAGAUUCCAUUACAAACACAAUGUCAUCUUUGGUAAAAGAGUUGAAUUCAGCAGAGGCUGGGAGUGAGACAGAAAGCAAUGUGGACUCAGAUUUUGGUCGUGCUCAUUUAGAUGACAUAGUGCUUUCACCAACUUCUGAGAAGGCCUUUCUAGCUCAGAUUAAUGCAAGAAACCCCAGCUAUGUGCACAGUGCUGCUGCAACAGGAACAAUUCAAAGUGAUAUCGUUGCAGAAGAUGGUGAAUCAUACAUUAGAACUGAUGAUGAAAGUUAUGAAAAUGAAUCUGUCCAUCAACUUGAACGGGAGUUGAAGCUGGAAGAAUAUCUGAAGCAGAAAUUGCAAGAUGAGAACUAUCAGGCUCAUUACAGUCAAACUGAUGAUGAGAGUUAUGUGAGAACUGAUGAUGAUGAAAGCUGCAUUCGGACAGAUGAUGAAGAUGGUCUAACUUCUGGCUUCACUGAAGAAUGGAAUGAACAUAUGAAGCGUCUUAUGACAAAAAAAUAAUUUUAUAAGUAGUGUGAGGACUCUAGCACAUUUAUUUUAAAAGUUUCUAGUUCAAUGUGUUAACAGACAUUUCUUUUACUAAAAGCUGGGUUUAUCAGCAUCUUCUUUAUAUGCCUCAAAACAGAAUUCAGGAGAACUCAACAGCAGUUAUCACCAAACUGAACAUGUUUGAUGUUAUUUCAAAUAUGGCAGUAUUAAUAUUAAAAAUAUUUCUUCACACAUAAUCAAUAUUUUCUGUAUAUGCUCCUAAUAAUGAUACACAUUAUGUUUGGUUUCUAGAUGAACUGUGCAGUUCUUUGACAAAAGUUACAUAUUUUUCAACUGUGAUAAACCUAUUUUGGUGAAAUGCACUUAAAAAAUCAUAUAAUAGGGCACGAUAUGAGUAUUUAUUCAAAACUGUAACAAUCUAUAAACUAGUAAUUUUCAGCAUUUGUUUUAAAUGCACAGAUCUGUAAAAUAAGAGGACUGUGAAUUGUGUCAAGGACGCUCAUAGCUAAUUCUGUUCUUGUACUUUGAACCAUAGGUGCCAAAAACAAAUACAGUUUAAAAAAAGGAACUUGAUUUAUUUAAUUCCUUUUGUGUGAGUAAUACAAUGGUUUAAGCAAUAUUUUAAACAUGCAUGAACAUUGCUAAAUUUAACAAAGUAAACUUU